AUGGCUGGAGACCCCAUCCUGCAGGAUCGGGUGACCUUUGAGGAGGUGGCGAUCUACUUUUCUGCAAAGGAGUGGGAGACUCUAACCGAUGAGCAGAAGAGCCUUUACCUGGAUGUCAUGAAGGAGAACUACGAAGCCCUGGUGUCUCUAGGGCAGGUGUGCCCUGAAUGUGAGAACAGCUGUGUUAAGAGCCCCGUGACCCUUGCUGAGUCCCAGAGCCGAGAAGGGCCGUUGCCCUGCUCCUGUGCGCACUGCUCCACGCCGGGCGUCUGCCCGAGGGCUGUCCUCAAGGAGGAGAGGCCCUACAAGUGCGGGAAAUGUGACAAGACCUUCCGAUACGCCCACGAGUACAGCUGGCACCAGAAGGUGCACGCCGGAGAAAAGGCCUACCGGUGCAGCGACUGCGCCAAAGUCUUCCGGCACAAGCAGGAGCUGAUGUGGCACCAGCGCACCCACACGGCGGAGUGGCCCCACAAAUGCGGCACCUGCGCCAAGAACUUCCGCUUCAAGCAGGAGCUGACGUGGCACCUGAAGACCCAUUCCGUGGAGCGCCCGUACAAGUGCCCGGAAUGCGAGAAGAGCUUCCGGUACAAGCAGGAGUUCAUGUGGCACCAGCGGGCCCACAUCGGCGACCGGCCGUACAAGUGUCCGGAGUGUGAGAAGAGCUUCCGUUUCAAGCAAGAGUUUGCCUGGCAUCAGAGGAGCCAUGCCGGAGAGAAGACCUACCGGUGUCCUGGCUGUGAGAAGAGUUUCCGCUACAAACAAGAGUUUGUCUGGCACCAACGGAUCCACACCGGGGAGCAGCCGUACCCCUGUGCCUCCUGCAGCUCCACCUUCACCUGCCGUCAGGAGUACAUGCGCCACCAGCGGCUGCACGAUGGGGAGAAGCCCUACCAGUGUCCGCACUGCGAGAAGACCUUCCGCCGGGGCUCCACCCUCAUCCGGCACCGGCGCAUCCACAUGGGCGAGGGGCCCUUCAAAUGCCCACACUGCCAGCGGGCUUUUGGCCAGAGCGCCAACCUUCUGAAGCACCAGCGUGUGCACAGCCUGAAGAGCGAGAUGCUGGAGGCUGCUUCAGAGUGGCAGCCCUGCCUGCAGAGCUUGGGGGCCCCCACACGGCAGGACAUCGUGCCCGGGAUGCUCAGCCUAAAGACGGUUUCAGGGAGCGCCCUGCUCCUGCUAAAUCUGCCAGACCCCAACCGUGGGAGAGAGCCGGGGGGCAGGCCAGAUGUGUGGGAGCCUCAGUCGUGA